AUUAAAAGGUGUCAUUCGCGAUCGCGACCUCAGACUGCAACUGUAGUUCCUUGAAAAUGCGUGAUCACAGAAACAACUUUGCUUCUCGAGCGGAGGUGCUGUCUGCCUGCCUCUUGCUAUUUGCAGUGUCGACCGGUUUCUCCCGGCCUAGUUCCAAUAGACAGAGACGAACUGACACAGAUGUCAACGAAUGUUUAAGUCUGUCUACCUGUGGCCAGGUGUGCCACAACACCCAGGACAGCUUUUAUUGUUCCUGUCUUGAUGGAUAUGAGCUGCAAACUGACAAGUACAGCUGUAAGGCGAAGGGAGAUAAUCCCUAUGCUUUGUAUUCGCAUGGAACAGAAGUGAGGAGGAUAGAUCUGGAGGGAACAAAUGCAAAAGUUGUGGCAAGAAAUUUGCACAAUGCCACUGCAGUGGAUUAUCACUAUGAAGAGGGACUUGCAUUUUACCUUGACACAGAAGCAGGUGUAAUUGGCAAAGUAAUGCUGGAUGGAUCACAAGCAGAUUCUCCAACAGAGGUCGUAUCAGGAGUUUCAGGUGGCGUUGGUUUGUCAUUGGAUUGGAUCAAUCGAGUUCUUUAUUGGACCGAUUCAAUUACUGGAACGAUAGAGAGAGCUGACUUUGAUGGUUCCAGACGUAGCACAUUUUUUACUAUAGGGACAUCGUCUCCAGGAGCUCUAGUUGUCGAUCCUGUAAAUGAAUUUAUCUUCUGGACUGAUGUCGACCCUGUCCAACCAAAGAUAGAGAGAAUUAAUCUAAAUGGAACAGAUCGUAGUGUCAUUGCUGAUACAUUGCUGGUUAAGCCAUUUUCUUUAACCAUUGAUUAUGUGGAUCGGCGCUUGUUUUUCGGAGACAACAAUCAGAUUGAAUCUAUGAACCUUGAUGGUAGUGACAGGGUUUUUCUACCACAAGUUGCUGUUGAUGCUUUUGCCUUGUCUCAGUUUGAAGAGUCAGUAUUUUGGACUGAUCUGGCAACAAGCAAUAUUCAUCGUGUCAACAAAUACACCGGAAUAGACUUUGUGACCAUAGUUCCUUCUGGUCCACUGAAACCAUAUGAUCUUCAUGUAGUACAUGCUCUUCGUCAACCACUACUUGAACCAGAAAGAGACGAAUGCACAAUGGGUGUUGAUGGAUGUGAACAUUACUGCAUUAACACUGUUGGCAGCUACUACUGCGAAUGUUUUUCAGGAUAUGUUCUUAAUAUAGAUCAACAAACAUGCUCUCCCCUUGCAGAUUGUGGGGCAAACAAUGGAGGCUGUAGCCAUCGCUGUGUAGCUGGCAUUAAAGAUACUGCUGUAUGUGAUUGUCCCUCAGGAUUCUAUAUGCUCUUGAAUGGCAAAGAUUGUGAAGAUAUAGAUGAGUGUUCAACUGGAGUUGCCGGUUGUAGCCACCAAUGUACAAAUACUAUUGGUAGUUUUCGGUGCUCUUGUCCUCCUGAAACGUUUCUUGGAAGUGAUGGACGGACAUGCGAAGGUUGUUCUAUUGACAAUGGAGGGUGUCAGCAGGUUUGUGUUACUGCUCCAGGAGGGCACUCCUUCCAUUGUCUGUGUCAUGGAAAUUAUGAGUUAAGCAAUGGAAAGAAAUGCAGAGCAAAGGGUCCACAGCCAUAUCUGCUAGUUGCAAAUGACUUUGACAUAAGAAAGUUGAAUUUUGAUGGAACUGGCUUUCAGACUGUUCAACAACAACUGAACAAAGCACUUGCAAUUGACAUUCAUUAUGGAAGAGGAACGGCAUAUUUUGCAUCACAGGAUAAAUUUAGCCACUUUGCAGAUCUCUAUGAAUUGGAUCUCGCCACAUACACAGCCAAAGUGAUCUUGUCAGACGAAAACUUUGUCAAUGCACCCGUUCACAUUGCAGUUGAUUGGGUAAAUGACAAACUUUACUGGACAGAGGCAGUGGGUGUAAUGAGAUGUGAUCUUGAUGGCUCAAAUCCAGAGCAGCUUAUUAGUGCAGGCUUUGCAAAAGGCAUAGCUGUUGACCCUCAUUUAGGGAAGCUGUAUUAUACUGUCUGGAUAAGGAAUGAUAAGCAUAAUCCUGCUGUAUAUGAGGCGAAUUUGGAUGGCAGUGGUAGCCGGUUAUUUUUUGAUGAUGGACUUUACUGGCCAUAUGCAGUUGCUGUUGAUUAUGUGGAGAAUAAAUUGUACUGGGGUGAUGCUAUAGUUCAUGCUAUCUGGUAUGCUGAUUUGGAUGGCAGUAAUGUUGAGGUGUUACGUAAUUCGUCAUUAGUUGAUGAUUUGUAUGGCUUGACUCAAUUUGAGGAGUAUGUUUGGUGGACUGAUAGAAAGGUUCUAAGAAGAGCUCCCAAGAGGUCAACAGCUGCAAGAUCUACCGUCCGACUUAGCUCCUCUGGGUUACAAAAUCCUGCUGCUAUACAAGUUGUGCAUCCAUAUCGGCAGCCAGAGCAAGGUUUUCGUUCUUGUCUUCUUAAUCGUGGAGGAUGCAGUCAUGUGUGCACACCAACCAAUGAUAGUUAUGUCUGUGAGUGUCCUGAGGGCUUUCAACUAACAUCUGACAAUCGUACAUGCAAAGAACUACCUGUAGUGGUGCCUUCUACACCACCAAUCUGCAUUGCAACUUGCGAUGGACAUUUCCAAUUUAGCAUUGAUGUUCCUAUAUUUCGUAUUCCUCUUCGUCAGCAUGGCGUCUUGAAUGUCAAUCAGGAAAUUCAGUACAAUGGAUAUGCUGUUUCACACUGUGUUACUACUGUUGCUGUUUAUCAACAUGACUGCAAAUGGCUCAGUGUUCCUUACGACAUUGUCUAUGCCAAGAAUUCUAGCAUUUAUGGACAACAUGUUGAGGAUUUAUCAUCAUGGGAGAAGAUUGAGAAUAAAUUGAUACGUCUGACUGUGCACUGUGCUGUAUAUCAACCACAUCAAGUAGUAUCAACCUUGGAGUUUUGCUUGCUAUUCAAAAUUACUCUUAUUGCCAACCCUAAUCCUACUGAACUGCCAACAUUUCAACUGCCAACCACACUGCAAGGUACGACUCAAGCACCAACAACAAGACAGGUGACAACACAAGCACCAACGACAGAACAGGCUACUACACUAGCUCCAACUACAGAACAAGUCACUACACAAGCUCCAACCACAGAGCAGGUUACUACACAGGCACCUACUACAGAACAAGUUACUACACAAGCUCCAACCACAGAGCAAGUUACUACUCAAGCUCCAACCACAGAGCAGGUUACUACACAGGCUCCAACCACAGAGCAGGUUACUACACAGGCACCUACUACAGAACAGGUUACUACUCAAGCUCCAACCACAGAGCAGGUUACUACUCAAGCUCCAACCACAGAGCAGGUUACUACACAGGCUCCAACCACAGAGCAGGUUACUACACAGGCUCCAACUACAGAGCAGGUUACUACACAGGCACCUACUACAGAACAGGUUACUACUCAAGCUCCAACCACUGAGCAGGUUACUACUCAGGCUCCAACCACAGAGCAGAUUACUACACAGACUCCAACUACAGAGCAGAUUACUACACAGGCUCCAACUACAGGGCAGAUUACUACACAGGCUCCAACCACAGAGCAGAUUACGACACAGGCUCCAACUACAGAGCAGAUUACUACACAGGUUCCAACUACAGAGCAGAUUACUACACAGGCUCCAACCACGGAGCAGGUUACUACACAGGCUCCAACCACAGAGCAGAUUACUACACAGGCUCCAACCACGGAGCAGGUUACUACACAGGCUCCAACCACGGAGCAGGUUACUACACAGGCUCCAACCACGGAGCAGGUUACUACACAGGCUCCAACCACGGAGCAGGUUACUACACAGGCUCCAACCACGGAGCAGGUUACUACACAGGCUCCAACCACAGAGCAGGUUACUACACAGGCUCCAACCACAGAGCAGAUUACUACACAGGCUCCAACCACGGAGCAGAUUACUACACAGGCUCCAACCACGGAGCAGAUUACUACACAGGCUCCAACCACGGAGCAGGUUACUACACAGGCUCCAACCACGGAGCAGGUUACUACACAGGCUCCAACCACGGAGCAGGUUACUACACAGGCUCCAACCACGGAGCAGGUUACUACACAGGCUCCAACCACGGAGCAGGUUACUACACAGGCUCCAACCACGGAGCAGGUUACUACACAGGCUCCAACCACGGAGCAGGUUACUACUCAAGCUCCAACCACUGAGCAGGUUACUACACAGGCUCCAACCACAGAGCAGGUUACUACACAGGCUCCAACCACAAAACUUGUUACAACACAACCAGUUAUUUCAUGUCUUAUCAACAAUGGCGGUUGCAGUGAUAUAUGUGAUACAGCCAGUCCAGACUUUAUAGUGACAUGUUCCUGUUUUCCUCCCAGGAUACUGCAGCCAGACCAAAAGACAUGUAUAGCAUGUCCACCUGACAGAUUUGGGCCAUCCUGUUCAUUGCCAUGUGAAUGUGAGAAUGGUGCUACUUGUGAUCCUCAAACAGGGGCCUGCUUCUGUCCUCCAACUUUCACAGGAGAGCAUUGUCGAACAAGUACUGAAGAAUGUGAUGAUGGAUACUGUUUGAAUGGAGGCACUUGCAGUAAAGAGAACAACUUGCAACUGUGCAGAUGCACGCCAUUUUGGGACGGCGACCGAUGUGACAAUCCUCGUCCAAUCCCUGGAGUGUGCCUGAAUAGAAAUGACAUUAGCAUUGAAGACUGUAUUGUGUUAGUCAAUACAGGUGCUUUGGGGGCAGAUGAUGGCAAAAGUGCGGGAAGCAGUCAAGGUGUUCACAUUGCUGUGGGUAUUUUGGUUCCUUUGAUUGUGGCAGUUGUUGUUGCAGUUUUGCUAUAUUUGUACAGACGAGCCAGUCAUCGCAAGGGAUCUAAUGUUGGAGUUGAUAUGACUAUCAUGCAGAAUCCAACUUAUGGGGAUGGGGGACUUGGCAGAACAGGCAGUAGCAAGGCUGCUGACUUUGACAACCCAAUCUAUGCUACUUCUUCCAGUAACUUGCAAAACAAUGCUGCAGGAAAAGAUUUUGACAAUCCAAUUUACAACACUCCUCUUCGUAUCUCAAAUGGGUCUAGCCAACAGCAACAUAAUACACCACCCUCACCCAAAACUAGGAACACCUUUCAAAGAAACAGUGACUAUGAAGCAGUGGACCUAGUUGCAGCUCAACCAGAAGACAAUGGACCACACACAUUAAAUAGUAACGUUACCCCAACAGAAUCUCCGUAUGAGACAAUGGAUGAUAUAGGUCAUCAAUUAGUUGGUCAGAAUCAAGACAGUGACCAUAGUGCUCAUACAGCAGCAGCAACGGACCAGACUGAUCCUGUGUAUGAAGAUCCCAUUGGGAACAGAUCAAGUCAAGAAUGCGGUAGGUCUCGCGUAAGUUUUGCUUUCCAACUCUCUAGUUUGCUACUCACUCUCAUGUUGUCGGAGAGUUUUUCAUCGCCUUAUGACGGUCGUUACAGAAGAGAUGAAACGGAUGUAAACGAGUGUUUGAGUUUGUCUACUUGUGGUCAAGUGUGUCAUAAUACUCAUGGUAGUUUCUUUUGCUCUUGUCUGGAUGAUUAUGAGUUGCAAGCUGACAAGUGGAGUUGUAAGGCAAAAGAAUUCAAGCCUUAUGCGUUGUAUGCGCAUGCAACAGAAGUGAAUCGGAUUGAUUUGGAGGGAACAAAUUUUAGGACAGUGGUUAGGAACUUGAACAAUGCGACAGCAGUGGACUUCGACUAUGAGGAAGGUAGUGCCUACUACUUGGACACCGUAGCUGGUCUUAUUGGGCGAGCAAGACUAGAUGGAUCAGAAGUAGACUCUCCCACAGUUGUUGUCUCUGGAAUACCAGGAGCCGUUAGUUUAUCAGUGGAUUGGAUCAACAAAAUUAUAUAUUGGACUGAUUCUCAAACUAGAAUGAUUGAAAAGUCUAAUCUUGGUGGGUCUAAUCGAGCAACAUUUCUAUCAUUGGGACCCACGUUUCCUGGAGCAUUGGUGGUGGAUCCUCUGAAGGAGUAUCUAUUUUGGACUGAUGUAGAUUCUACAGCGCCAAAGAUUGAAAGAAUAGAUCUAGAUGGAAGAAAUCGUAGAGUUAUUGUUAGUUCAUCUUUGGUUCAGCCAUUUUCACUUACCAUUGACUACGUAGAUGAUCGAUUGUUUUUUGGGGACAAGGAUCGGAUUGAAUCUGUAGACUUGGAUGGUGGCAACAGAGUUAUCCUUCCAAAGAAAGUAGUGAAUGCCUUUGCUUUGUCUCAAUUUGAGCAGUCAGUGUUUUGGACAGAUUUGUUAACUAACAAAAUCCAUCGUGUCAACAAAUACACAGGCACUGAUUUUGUGACUAUAAUUCCCAAAGGUGUACUUGAGCCAUAUGAUCUGCAUAUUGUGCAUCCUCUUCGUCAACCACUGAAUGAAACAGAAAGAAACGAAUGUGAACUAGACACUGAUGGAUGUGAACAAUACUGUAUUAACACAAUAGGCAGUUACUACUGUGACUGCUACUCUGGCUAUGUUCUCAAUUCUGAUCAAACAUCAUGUUCUGCUCUUGCAAACUGCAUUGAAAACAAUGGUGGGUGCAGCCAUCGUUGUGUAGCAGGAGACAAUGGGACAUCUGUAUGUGACUGUCCAUUAGGAUUCAACUUGCUAGCAAACAAUAAAGACUGUGAAGAUAUUGAUGAAUGUGCGAAUGGAAGUGCUGGCUGCAGCCAUUUUUGCAGAAAUGCAAUUGGCAGUUUUCGAUGUGUAUGUCCAGCUGGUACUUUUAUUGGUAGUGAUGGAAAGACAUGUGAAGGCUGCUCGAUUGACAAUGGUGGCUGCCAGCAGAUUUGCGUGACUGCUCCUGGUGGUGAGACCUACCACUGUUUAUGUCAUGGUAAUUAUGAGAUUACUUAUGGCAAGAGAUGCAAAGCAAGUGGUCCACGACCCUAUCUGUUGAUUGCAAACAACAUUGACAUUCGCAAGUUAAACUUUGAUGGAACUGGGUACAAAUCGAUAAAGAAAUUUCUUUGGAGAGCUAAGGCACUUGAUUUUCACUACAAAAAAGGAAAGGUUUACUACGUCACACAGCCCUUGAGCACUACGCUUUUGUAUGAGAUGGACCUGACUAAUUACUCUUCGCGAGUGAUCUUUUUUGACAAAAACUAUUUGAAAGAUCCUUAUCAUAUUGCCAUUGACUGGGCUAAUGAUAAAAUAUACUGGACAGAGGGAGGCCUGCAUGGCAUAAUGAGAGUUGAUCUGGACGGUUCAAAUCCUAAAGAAAUAGUCAAGGGAAUUAAUCCACGUGGUAUAGCUGUUGAGCCAUACUUACAAAAAGUAUUUUGGACUGAUACUGGAAACCUGUCCCAUGAAGCAGCUAUAUAUGAAGCAAACUUAGAUGGAAAUGGGGUUAAAAAACUUUACUCUAGUGGUUUGUCAGUGCCUUCAGCUGUUGCUAUUGAUUAUGUUGAAAACAAAUUGUAUUGGGGAGAUCAAGGUACUGAGAUUAUUUCGUAUGUUGACUUGGAUGGCAGUAAUGUCCAGCUUCUGAGAAAUGGAUCUGUUGUUGAUAACUUAUAUGGUAUCAGUCAAUUUGAAGACUAUGUUUGGUGGACUGAUCAAACGAAAGAUGUUCUGAGAAGAGCUCCUAAACGAGCAACGGCUCGUAGAAAUGACGUUUCAAUCUCCGGAGGCUUUACAGAUCCUUCUGCCAUACAAAUAGUUCAUCCUUACAGACAACCUGAACAAGGUUUUCGUAGAUGUCUCUUGAAUGGUGGCGGAUGUAGCCAUGUAUGCAAGCCAUCUGUGGAAAGUUAUGUAUGUGGUUGUCCUGAAGGCUAUUUGCUUGGCUCUGAUAAUCGAACAUGCAAAGAGAUUCCACUUCCUACACAGUCUCCCUGUACAGCAAGCUGCAAAGGAAAUUUUGGCAUACCAUCUGAAGUUCCUGUUUUUCAAAUUCCUCUUCAUCAGUAUGGUUUUGUCAAUCCAGUGACUAGCGCAAUUCACUACCUUGGAUUUGAUGUUGAAAACUGCAGCUCCCAUGGUGCUGUCUAUCAAGAUGGAUGCAACUGGUUUAACAUUCCAUAUGAUCUUGUUUAUGCCAGCGGCAUACGUAUUGUAGGUCAGCAUGUAGAAAACCUCAUUACUUGGCGUGAAAUUGAAGAUAAACUUAUUCAAAUGACUGUUGAAUGCAACUCUGUUCCUGCAGGACUGAAUACAACGAAGUUUUGCGUUCUCUUUAAGAUUACUCUUUUAGCUAAACCUUUUCCUAUAACUUCCUCGCCAACACCUUCAUCGCUUACUACUACUGCAGCAAUGACAGUACAGCCAUCAUCAACAACACACAAAGCAACUACAGUCAAACCUACUACAAAGUCACUUGUAAUCACACAAGUACCAAGCACACAAAUAUCAACUACACAAGUACCAAGCACACAAAUAUCAACUACACAAGUACCAAGCACACAAGUAUCAACUACACAAGUACCAAGCACUUCAUUCAUGGAUCCGUGUACUGUCAAUAAUGGAGGGUGUAGUGACCAAUGUAUUUACAACAGUUUGGAACUGGAACUAAGCUCAGCUGUCAUUUGUUCUUGCCCAAUUGGGAAGAAGUUAUUGGAAGACACAAAGACAUGCCAAGUGUGCGGCAACUUGGAAUUUGGCAGAAAUUGUGAAAGAAAAUGUUCAUGCAAAAAUGGAGCAACAGAGUGUGACUCACAGACUGGAAAAUGUGACUGUUUACCUGGAUACAAUGGCACUGACUGUGAAUCAGUAUGUCCUCAUGGUGCAUAUGGCAAAGACUGUUCAUUUGAAUGCACAUGUGAGAAUGGAGCACUUUGUGAAGCUGACAAUGGGUUCUGUAACUGUGAACCUGGCUGGACAGGAGACAGCUGUACUGAACGUUGUCAGAAUGGCACAUAUGGUGCGUUUUGUAAAUCAGAGUGCCAAUGUCAAAAUCGUGCUACUUGCGAUCCUGCAUUUGGUAAAUGCUACUGCUUGUCAGAGUUCUCAGGUGACCUUUGUGAAAUUCAGCUAUGCAGUAGCUGUUUAAAUGGUGGGACGUGUACCAGACAGAACAAUUUUCAAGUCUGCAUGUGCACAGCAUUUUGGGAAGGUAAUAAUUGCGAAUUGCCUCGCAUACCAGCCGUGUGUCUUAACAGAGUGGAUAUUUCUUUGCAAGAAUGUCUAACUGAUUUCAACAGUAAAACUUCUUUGGGAAACAAAGAUAAUGAGGACACUACAAACAACACUACCUAUUUCGUUGUGGGUGCAGUGGUUGCUGUACUGUUGAUUGCUAUAUUGAUAGCUGUUGUAGUGUUCUACAGGAGGCGUUUGCGACAAGCUGUAACAUUUCAACAAUAUCGGUCUAGUGCAACAGUAUUUGCUAACCAUGUGUAUGGAUCACCGGAUGAUUUGAGAACUAAUGUUGACACUUCCACAGCUUCUCCUAUUCUCAAUAAUUGUGCGUGUGCCUCCUUAAAUAUGGCCACAACCAGGAAACCGCUUGUGAACAAGUAUGACACUCCUAGUAGACUCUGUGGCAGGUCUGAAUGUGAUCUACCAACAAAGAACGUUUUCUCUGACACUGCAACUACUAAUGGACUCAAUCACACAUAUGCUGCUGUCCAGUAUGAAAGAGUUGGUGUGGCGGAUCAGUCAAGUGGGUUGGCCGUGGGAGACUUACACAGAAAGGAGCACGUCUAUCAAGAGCCAAUGUAGGUAAAUUGUAACAACCAAGUGUUAGGAACUUACCAUUCAAUGUACUAUGUGUUUCAAACAUUCAUGAUUGGCUAAAUGUUUUACAAAGUCUGUGUUUGGGUAAAAAAUUUACAAAUUAGGGGCACUGUAAUUUUUCAAUGAUUUGUAGUGUAUUCAUAACGUUAGUGGUAUGGCACAUUUUUAUUGCUUGAUUGUUGUAUGGGGCUACUUAUGAAAUAUAGCACUGAUAUGUUCUCCAA